AUGAGUGAACGAUUCGGUCCCGCUCCAGAACCGCCCACCGAGUUGGGUCGGUAUCGAGUGCUGUCUCCCACCGCCGGCAUUAGAGUGUCGCCUCUAUGUCUGGGUGCCAUGUCCCUCGGAGACGCCUGGAGCCAAGGCCUUGGAAGCAUGAACAAAGAACAAUCCUUCAAACUCCUCGAUGCGUAUUACGAGGCCGGUGGGAAUUUCAUCGACACCGCUAACAACUACCAAGACGAACAAUCGGAAAAGUGGAUUGGUGAAUGGAUGGCAGAGAGGAAGAACAGGGAUCUCAUGGUCAUCGCUACCAAGUAUACCACACACUACCGAAGCUGGGAGCUCGGCAAAGGCAAGACGGUCAACUACUGCGGAAACCAUAAGAAGAGUCUCCACCUCUCCAUCAGGGAUUCUCUUGCGAAGCUCCAGACCGACUACAUUGACCUGCUGUACGUUCAUUGGUGGGAUUGGACUACCUCUAUCGAGGAAGUGAUGGACAGCCUUCAUCUUCUGGUGGAAUCCGGCAAAGUUCUGUACUUGGGCAUCUCGGACACGCCAGCAUGGAUCGUCGCGGCGGCCAACACGUACGCGCGCGCCCAGGGCAAGACGCCCUUCUGCGUGUACCAGGGCCAGUGGAACGUGAUGCAACGGGACUUUGAGCGCGAAAUCAUCCCCAUGGCGCGGCACUUUGGCAUGGCAUUGGCACCGUGGGACGUGUUGGGCGGAGGCAAGUUCCAGACCAAGAAACAGAUCGAAGAGCGCAAGAAGCAGGGCGAGGGACUGCGCAGCAUGUUCGGCUCGGGCGACCAGACUCCGCAACAGGAGAAAAUGUCGGCCGCGCUGGAGAAGGUCGCGCAGGAACACGGCGUCGAGUCGCUCAGCGUCAUCGCCCUGGCCUACGUCAUGCAGAAGACGGUCAAUGUCUUCCCCAUCGUCGGCGGCCGCAAGGUCGAGCACUUGCAGGCCAACAUCAAGGCCCUCUCGAUCAAGUUGACCGACGAGCAGAUCCAGUUCCUGGAGAGCCAGUCGGAUUUCAGCCCCGGGUUCCCGUCGUCAUUUGUGGGAGAGUCGCCCAGGGCCACGGGGAAGACCACCUGGAUCCUCGCGUCGAGUGCCCCGCUGGCGUGGACGACGCCGGAGAAACCUGCCGGACAUUAG